UCUGCUACUUCUCGGUUGUCGCAAACUGACCAUCGGAGAGAAAGAGAAAGAGAGAGAGUUUUAAAGCCCUAAUUUUUACCGGGUUUUUGGCGCAGAGCAUAGUUUUUUAUUUUUUUGUGGUUGAGAUUUUCAGGAGUCGAAACGCAGUGAUGAAGGUGGUGGCCUUAGUCAGCGGCGGCAAAGACAGCUGUUACGCCAUGAUGAAGUGCAUUCAAUACGGUCACGAGAUUGUUGCAUUGGCGAAUUUGAUGCCAGCUGAUGAUUCAGUGGACGAGCUCGAUAGCUACAUGUAUCAAACUGUUGGGCACCAGAUAAUUGUCAGCUAUGCGGAAUGCAUGGGACUGCCGCUGUUCAGGAGGCGGAUACAAGGAUCCACCAGGCAUCAGAGGCUUAGCUAUAGAACGACUCCUGGUGAUGAAGUUGAAGACAUGUUCAUAUUGCUAAAUGAGGUGAAAAGACAGAUACCCUCUGUUGCAGCAGUAUCUUCCGGUGCUAUUGCAUCUGAUUAUCAGAGGCUUCGAGUGGAAAGUGUUUGUUCAAGGUUAGGGCUUGUUUCUCUAGCAUAUUUGUGGAAACAAGAUCAGUCAUUGCUCCUUCAGGAAAUGAUAGAAAAUGGGAUUUCGGCUAUUACUGUAAAGGUUGCUGCAAUGGGUUUGGACCCUGCGAAACACUUGGGCAAAGAAAUAUCCUCCCUGCACUCCUAUCUGCAUAAGUUGAAAGAGUUGUAUGGAAUAAAUGUAUGUGGUGAAGGAGGGGAGUAUGAAACAUUAACGCUUGAUUGCCCUCUUUUUGUUAAUGCUCGAAUCAUGCUUGACGAGUUUCAAGUUGUUCUUCACUCUUCAGAUUCCAUAGCCCCAGCUGGGGUACUUCAUCCCUUGGCUUUUCAUGUUGAAAGGAAGAAAGCGCAUUGUUCUUUGCCAGGCAGUGACAAGACUGAAGAGUUCAGUCCGGAGAAUAUUGGUUCAGUGUUUGAAGUGCAAGGAGAUUGCUCACAAACACGUGAUACAACAUCCCAGUCUGCUGUUGAAGUCACUGAUUUAAUUGAAAUUGCAGAAAAUAAGCUUCACAUUUCAAAAACACAAAAGGAUGAUACAUUUUCUAUUUCUUGCUGGUUGCAAGAUUCACACAAACGUUCGUCAGGUUUGCAAGAAGAGCUUACGGCUGUCCUAAGAAAAAUUGAAACACGUCUUGGGGCUUAUGGUUUUGGCUGGGAGAAUGUCCUUUAUAUUCAUCUGUAUAUUGCUGAUAUGAAGGAGUUUGCUACAGCAAAUGAAACAUACGUGAAGUUUAUAAAACAGGAGAAGUGUCCCUUUGGUGUUCCCUCCCGUAGUACGGUUGAGUUGCCUUUAUUGCAAGUGGGUUUGGGUAGUGCAUAUGUUGAAGUUUUAGUGGCAAAUGACCAUACCAAAAGAGUUCUACAUGUACAAAGUAUUUCAUCUUGGGCGCCUAGUUGCAUUGGACCAUAUAGUCAGGCAACUUUAGACAAGAACAUACUUCACAUGGCUGGGCAGUUGGGGCUUGACCCUCCCACAAUGGCCCUACAUGAAGGAGGUGUUGCUGCCGAGUUGGAGAAGGCACUAGAAAACAGUGAAGCAGUGGCAAAAUGCUUCAAGUGUUCAAUAUCUGCUUCCACUAUUAUAUUUGUCAUUUACUGUUCGACACUUACUCCUCCAUCUGAGAGAUUCCAUAUUCAAGAAAAGCUAGAUGUAUUCCUUAAGCAAAUAAAGGUUUCUCAUUUCCAUAAAGAAAGCAUGUCUGAGGCUCUCAAUCCCAUUUUUCUUUAUGUCCUUGUCCCUGGCUUGCCGAAAGGAGCACUUGUGGAAAUUAAGCCCAUUCUCUUUGUUCCGGAGGAUAUUGAAGCAACAAAAGAAACUAUGCAAGACCCGUCUUGUAUAAGGACCCCUAAUUGGGGUUUUCAACAAGCAAAUUGGCAUGACCAUUGCGUUAAAAGAUGCGUCAUUCGUGGAGAGUUAUGUGCAGUGAUUUUGUCUAUUACAAGUGAACUUGCAACGAAGAUCUGUUCCGACUCUUUAGGUGCUGAACAGAGCAAAGGCCAUCCAAAUUUUUUCACUGAGGGGCAAAUGAAAGAAGUAUCAAGGUUUUGUAUUUAUCUUCUUGGAAAAGUUAUCAUGGAAAACGGUUUCUCUUGGUAUGAUACAAUGUAUUUAAGACUAUAUUUUCCUGCAAGUCUUGGAGUGCCGUUGGAGUCGCUGUCGCUCUUGUUCACCAAUGCAUUCACUGAACUUGCUGCAAUGGAUCAGACAUUUAAUAUUGGCCAUGAGCCCAUCUUUAACCUCGUUCCUGUCGUCGGUGCUGGGAGUUCUGCCACAGCCAUAGAUGAUAUAAUAACUUGUGAACUAUUGACCCGGAAACUUUGAGUAUGACUGCUUUAUCUUGAAGUAUCUAUUUUCUGGAACAAAAUCACGAGCUUUAGGAAGUGGAGGGUAAUUUAAGAUUUGAAAAUCUUUUGAAGAACACCAUCUCUGUCUUGAUCCCACCCUUCUUAAUGAUUUGGCGCAACGGAUUCAGGAAUGAUUGGGGAAGGCUUCAGUAAGUGUCCAUAACUUCGUUUCAAAAAGGGGUAAGAUCAAAUCUAGCUAAUAGUCUCUAUGCAAAAAUACUUAAACUUCAUCCUGUUAUUGGUGAUAAAUUCGCUUUACACUUCCCCAAUUGCUUAUGGGGAAUGAAACGUCAACUAGAUAUGGUCCUUAUUUAUCAGCUCUUUUUUCUUUUUCUUCUCUUUUCCCUCUCAUUGCGAUGGUCGUACCCUUUAUUUUAAUUGGGGUCUGGGGAAUCAGGCACUUCUAGUACUUGAGACAAAAACGGGUUAACCACUUUUUCUUUUUUUUGUGUUAUUAUGAUAAUUUAUGUCUUGUGGAGCAACA